GGAACCUCAGCAAUUUCUGAAGAGUUGACUCUUUGCAACACACUGAGGCAACAGCCAUCACCAAAGGUCUUGAAGAAUGAGUUCUACUUUCUUUUUGGCCAUCCUGUGUUUAGGAGUAGGCUCAGGUGCCCUAGCAUUUGAUCCCAGUUUGGAUGCUGAAUGGCAUGAUUGGAAGACAGAAUAUGAAAAAUCAUACACUAUGGAGGAAGAAGGACAUAGGAGAGCAGUAUGGGAAGAAAACAUGAAAAUGAUCAAACUGCACAACAGGGAGAAUAGCCUGGGGAAGAAUGGCUUCAUCAUGGAAAUGAAUGAAUUUGGUGACCUGACUGCUGAAGAAUUCCGAAAAAUGAUGGUCAAUAUUCCAAUCCGGAGUCACAGGAAGGGAAAAAUCAUCAGGAAGCGUGAUGUUGGUAAUGUUCUACCGAAAUUUGUGGACUGGAGAAAGAAAGGCUACGUGACUCGAGUACAGAAUCAGAAAUUCUGUAAUUCUUGUUGGGCUUUUGCUGUGACUGGUGCCAUAGAAGGACAGAUGUUCAACAAAACUGGCCAACUCACCCCUCUGAGUGUGCAGAACCUCGUGGACUGUACUAAAUCUCAAGGAAAUGAAGGCUGUCAAUGGGGUGAUCCACACAUUGCCUAUGAGUAUGUUUUGAACAAUGGCGGUCUGGAGGCUGAGGCAACCUAUCCAUAUAAAGGAAAAGAAGGAGUGUGCAGGUACAAUCCAAAGCAUUCUAAGGCGGAAAUCACAGGAUUUGUAUCUCUCCCAGAAAGUGAGGAUAUUCUAAUGGAAGCUGUAGCAACCAUUGGGCCCAUCUCUGUUGCAGUUGAUGCUUCAUUUAACAGCUUCGGUUUCUACAAAAAAGGUCUUUAUGAUGAGCCGAAUUGCAGCAACAAUACUGUGAAUCAUUCAGUCCUGGUGGUUGGCUAUGGAUUUGAGGGAAAUGAAACAGAUGGCAAUAGCUACUGGCUGAUCAAGAACAGCUGGGGUAGAAAAUGGGGCCUUCGAGGCUACAUGAAGAUUCCCAAAGACCAGAACAACUUUUGUGCAAUUGCUUCAUAUGCCCAUUAUCCCACCGUAUGAGGAGUCUGAUGUGCACGGGGAAGAAUUUGGCAGAAGACAGCAUUUUCACAGUAAUGUUAUUCACUUCAAUGUCCAGCCUUCUCUUGCUGUAUUAAAGAGUUGAAUCCUAGAAGAA